AUGAAAAAAGUGCAGAAUAAAUCAAAAACCUAUAUGAAUUUAUUUUUGUUAAAUUCUAUUUAUUCACUGAUUUUUUUGAUAUUUACGGAAAUUUUUUUUUUUUUAUUGGACGGGAUAAAUACAUUUGAAUUAAUACAAGCUAAGGAAAGAUUUUCCCAAAUAAUAUGGUGCAUUUUUUUUGUCGUGCAAUUGGGUAUCUUAAAAAUAGCAGAAGUGCUUUCUAAAAGUGUUGUAGAAAAACAAAUAGCAUGUGUUCAUUAUUUAUUUAUUAUAUAUAGUGUUUUGUUACCUUUAUCAUCUGCACUUUUAUUUACCUCAUCCUUAUCAUGGACAAAAUUAAUUUACUUUACACAAGUUUUAAGUUUAUCAACUUCAAUAAAAAUAAGAAGGCUGUUAAUUAUUUGUUUAAUUACAUUAGUUACUGGAUCUAUACGUUUUCAUUAUAGCUUACCUACUUCAAAUAUAAUUUUUUGUUUUAGUCUCCUUCUAGGAGUUCAUAUUUUAAUAUCUAUAAUAGUCCAUGUAGCAUUAUAUAUUUUUGCCAAGCAAAUUUCUUACAUUAAAGAAAAACCAUUAAGGGCUUUUGAUAACAUUGAACCUUAUUUUCAUGAAUUAGAAAAAAAAGCUAUUUUAAUUAGAAAUAAUUUAAUUUUUCAUGAACAAAAUAAUAUUAGUGUAGACAUAUUAGGAAAUUACUUAUUUGAAAAUGAAGUAAGUAAUGGAAUUAAAAAAAUUAAAAUAAUUAAUAAAAGUAGAGGAAGUUUAGCUGAUGACGACAAUGAUUUAAUUAAUGCUCAAUAUGAAAUACCAUUUGAUAUUAGUGAUGUUAACUGUUCUAGUAUAAACACAUUUCAUUUACAUCUAGAAAGCGCUUUACAAAAUGAAAGUGUUUCUUCAAACAAAAAAUUUAGACAAAAAAAAAAAAUAAGUGAGCACAACGAGAAAAAUUUUUUAAAUUCAAAUAAUAAAGAUAUGAAAAGUAGCUUCACUGGUUCAAACAAAGAUAUAAAUGAAAGUAAUAACAACAAUGAUAAAGAUAUAAAUGGAAGGAAAUAUAUUAAAAAUAUUCAAAUUAAAGCGAAAAAUACCAAUUUGUUUGAUAAUCCAAUAAAGGACAAUUAUGAUAACAAUGAAGGUAAAAAUGGUUAUAUAAAUAGAGAAUCUUAUAAUAAUUUUAUAUCUUCCCAAAAAUAUAAGGAUGAACCUAAAAAAUAUAAUACUAUUAAAUAUUCUAAUUUCAAGAAGUUUAACAACAAAAUAGUAAAUAAGGAAUUAGAAGAGUUAAACAAUAAAGAUUAUGGGGAAACAUAUAAAAAGGAAAUUGUUCAAAAACAUUUUUCUUUACUACGUAGUGGGCAUGGAAGAUUUAAUAGGAGAAGGAAUAUUUUACUUUCUGAAGAAUUAAAAAAUAAAAUUAAUUAUAUUUAUUUUGACAAAAAUGAUAAAAUUAAAAGAUCAAAAAUAAUACCAAUAUAUGUGUUAGAGAGACAUAAUUUAAAUAAUCUUUCAACUUACUUAAGUGAUAAUAUAUCUAUAAAAAUUAAUAAUUAUUAUAAAUUUUAUAUGCUUCUACAUAAUAAUUCACUUUUUAUUACUGACGAUGAUAAUCAUGAAAUUGUGAAUUUGAGUUCAUUAAAAAGUUUAAAAAAUAAUAAUAUAUAUGAAGGUACUUCUAAUAGUAGAAGUGAAAAUUUCAAAUAUUGCUAUAAAAGUAAUAAAUGCAAAAAGAGAAAAUCCAUUAUACCAAAAUAUAGUAAUAAUAAAAACUACUUCAGUCAUAAUACUAACGCUUCAAGUGAAAAAAUAUUUGAUGUUCUGAACUCCAAACUAAUGGUGAGAGGUGAAAAAAGGAGAAUAUCUAACUAUACUUUAAAUUCAUAUUCAUUAGAUGAACAUAAUGAAAAGAGCUAUGAAGAUAUGAUACAAGAAUCUCUAAAUAAUACAAGGGUAUUUUAUUUAAUUAACUCCGUUAAUUUAAAAAAAAGUGUAAGUAUAAGUGAGACUUCAGAUUCCAAUUUAAAAAACCAUAGUAAUCAGUUUUAUCACUUCCAUUCACACAAUAAUGUGAAUAACAAUUUUCUAAAAAAUAAUCCUAAAUUUCAUGUAAAUAAAUCAGGGCAUAUAAAAAACAAACUAAGUUUACAAGAAUCAAGUGAUAAUAAUUUAUCUAAUAACGAAAUGUUUUAUGUAGAUGAUUUUUUAAAUGACUCUGUUAAUACAAAUGAUAGAGUAGAAAGUGAAAAUGCAACUAGCAAAUGCAAUACAUCUCCAUCAACUGACAAUAUUAGUGAAAAAAUAAAAAAUAAAAAAGAUAAAAAAAUGAAAGAAAUUAUAAUGAAAAAAAGUAAAAUUUUUAUAAACAAAACAGACAGAAAUUAUACAAAAAACGAAGAUAAACAAAUUAUGUGCUACUGCUUCUUAUGCAAAAACAAAAACAAUCAUUAUUUAGAUAAAAAAGAAAACAUUAAUAGUCUUUCAAGUAUCGAUCAAGGUGAAUAUAAAGGAAAAAAAAAUAAUAUCCAAUUUCCUAAUGAUAAAAUAUACAAAAAAAACAACAAAAAAAGGUCAGAAAAAGAAUUUAAUAAAAAAGAAAAUGAUGAUACUUAUGAAAAAUUUCCAAAAGAAUUAGUAGAAGGUAGUGAUACGUGCUACUUCAAUAAAUGCAAAAGAAGAUCAAAUGAAAAUUUUAAGAAAAAAUGUAAUUGUUACAUUAUACCUAAAUUAUCAAUGAAAAAUAAAACAGAGUCUAAUGUGAUUUUAAAUAAAAAUUUUAGAGAGUUCUAUGAUGUUAUUUCGUCAAAUUAUAAAAGUAAGCCUUGUAAUAAAGAAAAGCACAAAUUUUGUUAUAAUUUGAAAAGGUUUUCUAUAUCUAUAAAUACUAUAAGCAAAAUUUUUGAAAAAAUGAAAUCACACUAUAAAAAAAUUGAGAAAAAAAAUAUCUAUUGGAAAAAGUAUAAUGAAGUUUUAUACACAUCUCAAUGGAAAAAUAUCAUGCAAGAUAAUGAAUUAGAAUAUAUAUUAAAAUAUAAAAAUUUUAUGAAAUGGUAUAAUUAUUGGGUAAAAAAUAUUUUAUUUAAUUAUUAUAAAAGCACAUAUAUUUUAAAAAUUUUAUUAUAUAUUUUAAAUGCUCUCUUAAUUUAUUUACAAAUGCGCAUUACAUAUUUCCUGCUCAAAAUGAAUAACAGCGAAAUAUUUAAGUCGCCUAAUCCUUUUUUCGCAGGUAAACCAUUAAAAAGAAACUCCUCCUUAAAUACCUCUAUUGAUGAAAAUUUUUUCACUCUUUUUACUCAUAUAAGAAUACCGAUGCAACUUAUUUUAAACAUUUUAUUUGUUCUUCCUUCAAUGAUAAUAAAAAAUUAUAAAAAUAUUAAAAUAUUAAAUAUUUUUGCUAUUUUGAAUUGUUCGAUUAAUAUAUUUUUUGGAAUGAUAGAUAUUGCUUAUUCUUUAAAUAGUAGAAUAUAUAACUUAGAUGGAUUAUACACUGUAUUAAAUUACUACAAUAUGUUUGACACAUUUUUAGUCGGAAAGUUAACAACAAGUAUUUUUUUAAUACCUUUUAUUACGAAUUUUAAUGAACAUAAAACAUGUGCACUUAUUUAUUUCAGCUGCUUUUGCUAUAUAGGAACGUUUUAUUAUUUCUUCAAUCCUUUAGAAUUUUCUAUUAAAUUAAUGUACAUUACCAAUUUUGUUCUUCUUAUAGCUGUAACAAUAUCAACAAGCUAUUAUUCAAAGUUAAUAAUGAAAUCUAGGAAAUUAUUAUUUGUUAAAUAUGUAUUACCUUAUUUUAUUUACUUGACAUUUUUGAAUACAGAUCCAAAUAUACAAUUGGAAAUAAAAGAAAAAAAAAUUGCAUGA